CGUCUGUUUGUCUGUAUGAGUUGUCCCAUUGAAGUGUCGGUGUUUUACUUACAUACGACUUUUGCUGAGACAAUCCCUUCGUGUAGACUGGUCUUAUUAGUUCUUCAUACUGGUGAAAGAUCAUUUGCAUGUGACUAUUGCAAUAAAUGAUUUAUUUAUAAGCGUUCUCUAAAAGCACAUAUAUGUAGCCAAACUGGUGAGAAACCUCAUGUAUGCAGCAUAUGCGAUCAAUUGUUUGCCAGUAAGCACCAAGUAAUGGCACAUAUGUAUGUUCAUACUGGUAGUAAACCACAUGUAUGUGAUAUGCUCACCCAGGAACGUCUACAUACGAGGGAACAGUCUUUUAUAUGUACGGAAUGUGACAAAACAUUUAUAGGGCAGAAAGCAUUGCGAAAUCAUAUGUAUAUACAUGGCAAACAUUAUGAGUGCCCAGAAUGUGGUUAUACAAGUGUUCAUUCUGGUAAUUUAAAAAGGCAUAUGCAGAUUCAUACUGUAAAAGAGAUGUAUGCAUGUGAAAUGUGUGAUAAAGUAAUGAAAGGAAGAGAUGCAUUACAGCGCCAUAUGCAUGUUCAUAAAGGUGAGGAAAUUGUGUGUGAACUAUGUAAUAAAACAGUGAAGAAAACUGGAUUCAGAGGACACAUGGACCUACAUCACAGUUCGGAAAAACGACAUGCAUGCAAGAUAUGUAGUCUGUCGUUUGCAUUCAAGGGAGAUUUCCAAAGACAUUUACGUGUUCAUACAGGGGAAAAACCUUACAUGUGUGAAGUAUGUAAAACAUCAUUUGCACGAAAAAAUACUUUGAAAAAACAUAUGUUUAUACAUACUGGUGAAAAACCGUAUGCGUGUAACAUUUGUAAUAAAUCAUUUGCACGGAAAAGUGUUUUGCAAGAGCAUCAGUAUAUGCAUACAGAUGAAAGACAUUAUGUAUGUCCAGAAUGUAAUCAAUCAUACAGACACAAAGUUUAUUUCAAGAGACAUUUGCUGAUUCACACAGGAGUGAAACCUCAUGUAUGCGAGGUAUGUAAGAAGUCAUUUAUUCGAAAGAAUCAAUUAAGCAAUCAUAUGCGUAUUCACACAGGAGAGAAACCUCAUAUGUGUGAAGUAUGCAAGAAGUCAUUUAGUCAUAAGUCUGUUUUAAACAGACAUAUCCUUAUUCACACAGGUGAGAGACCACAUGAGUGUGAAGUAUGUAACAAGUCAUUUCGUCACAAAGAUCAUUUAAAAAGACAUAUGCGUAUUCACAGAGCCAAGAAACCUCAUACAUAAGGUAUGUGAAAAGUCAUUUAUAUUAAAGUGUGGAUAAAACAUACACAUCCACACAGGUGAAAGAAAUGACAAGUUAUGUAUCUAGCAAGUCAUUUGGAUAGAACAUAAAUCUGUGUAAACAAAUGAUGAAGAGAAAUCUGCCUUUUGAUCAGUAACAAGUCAUCUGCAUGAGAAUUCCAUGUAGGCAGACACACGUUUACAAGUACAGGUGAAAAACCAUAUGCAUGUGGCACAUGUAAUCAAUGAUUUGCACAAAAGAGCUCAAUGGAGUGUCAUGAGCAAAGCUAUUCAAAAAUUAAAUCAAUUUCUACCACAUAAGAAUAAAACUAAUUUUCUGUCUAAUUUAAAAAAUCAUUGUAAGCAUUAUGAAAAUGUUAAAUCUGGUGAGACAUAUGUAGAACUAUAAUAACUACAGUGAGCAUUUAUGAUGUUAUUUCUAUAGAUUUCUUCUGAUAUAUCAUAUUCAGCCACCCAAGUGGGAUAGUGGUUAGCGACACUGACUGCCAUACUGAAGGAACCAGGUUCGAAUUCCAGAGAAGGCAUGAAUGAUUGUAAAUGUUUAGUUUUUGUGUGGCAAGCCAAAAGUCCUCUCGAGAGGUUGGUGGCAGGGAAAAAGAGGUGGGACACUAUCAGACCCAUUCCCGCAGGAUGCUCUCCAUCAAACUUGAGGGCGGAACUAAACAAAGUUGUACUGUCACCUGCAUGUUGCUCAAGGCUGUUGCCAAUGACAGACAUAAUCUUGCACUUCUUGCCAUGAUGAAUUUUGUGGGCUUGUUCUGAUGUUACUGUGGAACAAAUAAGAUAAGUUGCAACAACUUAUUCACAGCUUUAAUUUCAUGCAUAUAAAUACAAUGCAUUUUGUUACACAUUAUAGGAAAUGUAGAAAUUAUGUAUUAUGUGGUUAUUCCUAUCUGUGCUGAAAGUUAAGGCAGAACAAUUAGGUGAUUAAUUAUAUUAAAGUUACGCUCAUGUGGUAUAAUAUUAAGUCACAUUUCAAGUAAAAACAAAAUGUUCAAGGAAAUACCAUGUAGUUUAAGACAAGAAGAAUGAUAUUACUUUCUCAAAAGGUUAUACUUAAACAAAUUUUCCUUUCUUAUUCGUAAUUUUGAUGGAACUUUUAAUAUUAGUGUCGGAGAAUGUACGUAAAUAUUAUGUGGAAAACCACACAGAUGAAAAUCAUCUGGAAUCCCCCUGGGUGAGCAUUUUAGACGAAGUUUAUACUUUUAUAAAAAGUUAACAAUUUUUUUAGCUAUAAUGAAAAUAUCAAGAUAGAUUCAGUUGCUAAUAAUUCUUUAUUAAAUAUUUAAAUUAACUUUCUUAUAGAGUAAAAUAAUUAAAUCAUUCUUUAUUGCAAUUUUUGAUAAAUUACUGCGUCAAAAAAGCCGCAAUUAGGAACAACUUUGUCGACCUACUCAGCAAUAUUUAAAACUGACAAUCGACAAAGCUUUCUAAUCGUGGUGGAUCUUACCUGUGUCCUUGCUUUCUUUGUUAAAGGUUGUUGUUUUGUUGUGAAUAUUACAUUUUUGCUCAUUUCAGCACUGUGAGUUAGAUUAAAAUGACAAUUAUAAUUACAUGGGGUAAAAUGCAAAGUAUUAGUAAUUUCUCAUAAGAAUUAACAAAUACAUGUAUAAUUUAAGAAAAUAAAAGCUAUCUCAAUA